UGCAGGUGCUUGAAGGGGUUCAGGAGAAACGAUUCGAACCCCCUUGAUUGGACCGGUGGGUGCUCCCGGACAUGGAAUUUGAGUUGUGGAAAUGGUGAUGGCUUCGUGAAGUACAAGGAUUUGAAGCUGCCAGAUAAUUCACGUCUGUUGGGGAAUAGAAGCUCGAACCUUGAGGAAUGCGAGACGGAAUGUUUGAAGAAUUGCUCUUGUAUGGCAUUCACUAGGGUAGAUGUCCAUGGGAAUAGCGGGGAUUGUCUUUUUUGGUUUGGGGAUUUGGUUGACAUGAAGAACUAUCCUUCAGGCGGAGAUGUGAUAUAUAUACGAAUGGCAAAGGCAGAGAUAGAUGCAAUUGCUCGAGCUAAGAGGAGAAGGCGUAUAGCAAUCGCCGUUGGCAUAUCUGUCUCGACUGUAUGUGGAAUGCUUAUACUAGCGUUCAUUGGCUGGUAUGCUCUCCAAAGGAGGAAAGAGAGAAGGAGAGCUGCAUACUCAGUUUAUCGAGAUUCAGGAGAUGGUGGUCCGGAGGAAGACCUUGAAUUACCCCUUCUUGAUAUCGUUGCAGUUGCUGAUGCCACAAACAAUUUCUCUUUCCACAACAAGGUUGGGCAGGGUGGGUUCGGAGAAGUAUACAAGGUACUUUUUUUGGCCAAAGUAUACUAG